AGGCAAUAUUGUUAUAGAAACGGGACCCUUAAUAACUGUUAGCCUGAAAAUUAGGAAACCUGAAAGUAAAGUAUUUUCAAUUGGUAUUUCAGGACGUUCCUAUCCGAUCUGCCGAGCAAUCUGCCAGUAUCUCAUCAUGGAGAACCAGGUCCGCAAAAAGGCGGCAAAACGAUCGCGAUCAGCGGAUGGCGACGCCAACAACAAUCUCACGCAGCGGAAGGUAUUUGUGAACCAGAAAAUGAGUGACUCCCGCGAUCCUCGGAAGAUGAAGGAGGUCCAUGAGAAAACCAUAAAAAUGCUUUUCGAUGGCGCAGCCGGCAAUGGCCAGGGUACGGGGCAGAAUGCCCUGAACCCAUUGGGACAAGGCCAGGAGGAGCCCGCCCUAUGCGAACAGUACUAUCUACUUGGCGAUGGUUCCAUCGUUCUGCGCAACCUUCGCACCGACUUGUCCAAUCCGCGCAUGGAGUGCCAUAAGUCGCGCUGCUGCCAGCGCCAAACGCUCAUCCACGACAUAUGCGUCAACUGCGUGAUGGAUCUCUGCGAGGAGUGCGGCUACUCCUGCGGCGAGUGCUCUAGGUUCAUUUGCCGCAGCUGCGUGACUUUAUUUGGCAAUCAAGUUGAAAAAGAGAAGGAUCCGCUGUGCGAGCACUGCCAGAUGUUCUUCAGCUAGGGCUUCACACAAUCAAGCACUCAUAAGC